CACACAUCAUUCAGACCUUCGCGGCUUGAUGAUCAUGCUGAUUCUGAUUUGGUCGUUUGUCUGUAAUUUUUCAGGAAAAUGGCGGAGAGGUUGAAGGCGAUAAGGGAGAAAUCAAAACAACGACGAGCCUUGCUCGCACAGACGCUGAAUGUAACUGAUGCCGAUCAACUGAGCAGUGUCCUGAGCAGUAAGGCGGAACUAGAGACGAGAAGCAGCGGUCUUACUGCACCCAAGGAUGAUCAGACUAGCACAAGCACCGUCACAUCGACCACCACAAGCCCUCCAACUAAGCGCAGAGUAGUAGGAGAUACGAAGACAUGGCAGAAGGCGCCAAAUGCUUCUAAAGAAACCUCCGCUAAGGACAACCAGGAGGAAGAUGAAGAUGACAGUCUCGUGGAGAAGGUCUACAAGGAUUCCAGCACAUUCCUAAAGGGAACACAAAGUGCCAAUCCUCACAAUGACUACUGCCAGCAUUUUGUGGACACGGGUCAGCGGCCACAGAACUUCAUCCGGGAUGUGGGACUUGCCGACAGAUUUGAGGAGUAUCCUAAGCUGAAGGAACUCAUCCGCCUGAAAGAUGAGCUGAUAGCACAGACCAACUCACCGCCAAUGUACCGUCACUGCGACCUAGAAACCUUUGACCUAGCGGAGUUGAACCACAAGUUUGACGUCAUACUGGUUGACCCGCCCCUGGAGGAAUACCGUCACCGGCCCGGUGUCAUGACCAACCAAAAAUUCUGGAGUUGGGACGAGAUCAUGCGUCUCGAGAUCCCUGCCAUAGCCGCCCACCGCUCUUUCAUCUUUCUCUGGAUCGGGACACUAGAGGGCCUGGAUAAGGGGCGGCAGUGCCUGGCCGAGUGGGGCUUCAGGAGAUGUGAGGAUAUCUGCUGGAUUAAGACCAAUGCCACGAAGCCUGGCAGCGUCAGUCUGGAGACCAAUGCCAUCCUGCAGAGAACCAAGGAGCAUUGUCUGAUGGGCAUCAAGGGCACGGUGCGACGUUCCACCGACGGUGAUUUCAUCCAUGCAAACAUCGAUCUGGAUGUUAUCAUCACCGAGAACCCAGAGACUGGAUCCCUGGAUAAACCCGAGGAGAUCUUCCACAUCAUUGAGCACUUCUGCUUGGGACGCAGAAGGCUCCAUGUAUUUGGUUCUGAUAGCACUAUUAGACCAGGUUGGCUGUCGAUAGGACCCAAGGUCACCAACAGCAACUUCGUCAGGGAGACCUACGAGGGCUACUUCAACAAGUCAACGACAGACUUUCUCACGGGCUGCAGCGAGGAGAUCGAACGACUCCGCCCCAAAUCCCCACCCCCAAAGAUCAAAGGAGGGGCAGCUGGGCGCGGCGGACAGGGUGGUAGGGGCGGGAGAGGGGGGCCUGGUGGGGCUCAAGGAGGGUGGCAAGGAGGUGGGAGAGGUGGCGGGUUUGGAGGAAGAGGAAGAGGUGGCGGCCCAGGAAAGGGACGGGGUUUCCAAGGCAGGGGCGGUUUUUAAACACUUUUUUAUUCUUGGAAUAUUAGUUCUGAUAUUGAAUAGUAAUGCUGAUAUUGCUGUUGAAUUUGCAGUAACAUUGGAUGUCAUGGUUUCACCUGCUGACUGAGUUGUGAUUGAGUGUCGAUGGAACUGACUACAAUUUCAUUUAACAAUACACAAUUAGACAAAACUAUGGAUGCAUGAACGUACAUGUACCAUGUUUAUGAAAACUCCAUAGUAUUCAUUCCUUUCUGAUGAUUUCACCUGUUGAAGAAACAAAUAUGCACUGAUGGAGUUGGGGAGGUUAGGCUAAUUUUCUUCCAUAGAAAUGUGUACAUUUGUCGAGACUGACGGAAAAACCGUGACCUCGUGCAAACUGCGCUUGUAGUAAUCAUGCUCGACUGUAUAUGUGCAUGUACACUUACAUGAAUAUCAUUUCAGAAAUUCGUCAAGGAAGAAAUUUGGGAUUUAUGAAGUUUGUUCAAUUGAGGUUGACCUUGCUUCCUGAAUACGUUACAUACAAAUUGAAAGUACCAGCUCAAAGGCACCUGACUAUUUUCAGUUAUAACUGCAGCAGGUUUUGUGUGUAAACAAAAACAUUUGCAUUUUGUCUACCAAAUUAUGGAUUAUGGACAUUAAAUAAAAACGAUUUAACAUGUAAGAGCUUC